UCUCUGUUUUCUCUCUCUCUCUCUCUCUCUCUCUCUCUCUCUCUCUCUCUGUUUUCUCCCCCUCCCCCUCCCUCCUCCCUGAGGUAAACAUGGCUACAGAAGCGGGAUGUGAGCAUUAUGUUCGCAGCUGUUUUCUGAAAGCUCCCUGCUGCGGCAAGUUUUAUGUGUGUAGACUCUGCCACGACGCUGAGGAGGAUCACCAGAUGGACCGCUUUCAGGUGAAGGAGGUCCGGUGUGCCGUGUGUGACUCCGUUCAGCAGGCGCAGCAGGUGUGUACAUCCUGUGGGGUGAAGUUUGGGGAAUAUUACUGCGACAUCUGUCACCUGUUCGAUAAAAACAAGAAGCAGUACCACUGCCAGCCCUGCGGCAUCUGCAGGAUUGGUCCUCGAGAGAAGUACUUCCAUUGCUUGAAGUGUAAUUUAUGUUUAGCCAGUGAUCUUCAAGGGAAACACAAGUGUGUGGAGAACGUGUCCAGGCAGAAUUGUCCUGUAUGUAUGGAGGACAUCCACACGUCCAGGAUCGGAGCCCAUGUCCUGCGUUGCGGUCACCUGCUGCAUAAGACUUGCUUUGAGGACAUGUACAGAACUGGUGCAUAUCGCUGUCCUCUAUGCAUGCAGUCUGUGUGGGAUAUGGAGCAUGCCUGGGAGCAGAGAGAUAAGGAGAUCGCUCAGACUCCAAUGCCUCCAGAGUACCAGCACACUACAGUAAAGAUCCUGUGUAAUGACUGUCAGAGUCACUGCAUGGUGUCUUUCCACGUGUUGGGGAUGAAGUGCAGCAGUUGUGGCUCCUACAACACGGUGCAGGACAGUGGGCUGAUACAACCUACAGAGCAACAGCAGCAACAACAACAACAACAACAACAGCAACAGCAGCAGCAGCAGCAGCCUGAAUCAGACACCCAAUGACCUGAGCUACUUUAGGCUCCCUCCUUUAUUUUCACUCCCUUCUUUUUUCCAGUUCUCGCUUCUUUUCCUCCCAUCUCUGACUCGUCUGCCUGGAUCGUACGGUCAGUUACCACAGACAGUAACAGACCUGAACCGGAACUGAACCGGGCUUAAAGUAACUUAUAGUGGUCGUCAGUGGGCAGUGGCAAAUUUUUCAGUCAAAUAGUGUUUUCUAAAAUGAAUCCAUAAAUCUGUGCAACGUAUUCUUUCAGAGAUGAGGGUAAUUUUUUGAUCAUUCGUCAUCAGUGUAGUGGUGUGGGCGGAGUCUUACUGUCAUUCUGUAGUCAGCCUUAAGCCCAUAUUAGGAACUCAAUUUUUCUCUAUGACAAAAAUGAAUGGGAUUUUCAGAGUUGCUGUCGUACCGUGUGGUAAACCGAGCACAAGCAAGCAGGAAAGAGUGUACUGUUAAACUUUAACACGGCUACAGACCAACAUCAGCUACUCAAACUGCAGCCUUAAGCCGCCAAACACCUCCCGAAUGCCACGCUUCAGUGCUCAGCAGUGUUAACUUUCAUCAUCCAGAUAUUCUUCUAAUAACGUACCAUUAGACCCAGAGUUCCUAAUGCGGUCCUGCUGCAGUUUCCAGAACACCUCAGACUUCAGACGUCUGUGGUAAAGUUGGUUAGAAGUCUACUUGUGACUCGAUGCACUGAAGUGCAGCUGCCCACUGAUUUCUGCUAUAAGUGAGUUUAGCGUGUGUUCUCAGGAAAACGUUACCCGGGUGAUUCUUUACGAGACUAGAGAAGGGAAAGCGGCUCAUCUCGCACCUCUCCAGCUGCAGACCUUUCACGUGAGGCUGCUUUUCAGGCUGAUCCGUGCACGUGUAUCCAGCUUUGUGCAGGAUCUCUCCUCCAGAUCGCUAUCCCAGCGUUUUCCUCCCCUGUGUUUCUGAUUGUGAUGAUAGUGAACUGCUUCUUAUUUACAGAUUAAACAGUGUGUGUAAUAUAUUCCCGUCAUGCGUGAGCUUACAGUGAGUCAUGCGAUUAAAAGUGAAUCUCAGGAAAAAAGGCCUUGAA